CUGGCAAGAGAUGUUACUUCUUGAAGCUUCACUGGGUUUACAGCCAACAAUAAUGAGAUAGUUAUCUAAGUAACUAGUAUGGUAACUAGUUCUUGUGUUUAGUGUUUUACGCUGUUGAUGAUGGUGAAUAGUUCAAUCGUUUUUAAUAUUUUUCUACUUGUAACAGUUCAUGUCACAGAAUGUGGAAGGUACGCCGGAGGCCGGGCAAGCAUAUCCAGUUCUCGAUCGUCAUACAAGCCUCCAGCAAUUCACCAUACUUCUAUAAUAUCACGUCCGACGUAUCACGUCUCUUAUAAACCAUCGCCUGGUUUUACUAACGCGAGAGGAAAUGUGAGACGUCCAGGUUCUGUAGGUCGUGCUAAUCCAUUUAAACCUAUUGGACCCCCACCGCGAUCCGACUCAGACACUAGGGAAACGGAAAAACGUAUCGAUUUUGCCACGAACCAUCAGCCACCCAAACGUGGGUUUCAUUUGGGCAAUGGACCACUAAGUUCUCCUCUGGAUAAAAAGCCACCACCAUAUAGUUCAGGGAAUAUUGGAAAAGUAAGACCCCUUGGAUUAGCCGCAGGCCAUGAAACACCAAGACUCAGCCCUCUGGACAAAAAACCACCACCAUUUAGUCCAGGAAGUUAUGUAAGAAAUCGUCCCCCACAAUCCAUCAACACAGGGAACGCACCACCACCCAUAAAUUAUAAUGCCACAGGAGACAAACCACUUCCGCAUUCCAACUCAUCAGAAGAAAAACCACUCCCUCAUUUCCAUUACCCAGGAGAAAAACCAGUCCCACAAUACAAUUCCACAAGAGAAAAACCGAUCGUACGUUUCAACUCUACUAGGGAAAAACUAGUGCCAUAUGACUACUCCGCAGGAGAUAAACCAGCACCACAUUACAACUCAGCAGGAAAUAAACCAGUUCCGCAUAUCAAUUCCACAGGAGAAAACUCCUCAGGACAAAAACCACUCCCACAUUUCAAUUCCACAGAAGAAAAACCACACCUUAAUUUUAAUUCCACAGGAGAAAAACCACUCCCACAUUUCAAUUCCACAAGAGAAAAGCCACUCUCUAAUUUCAAUUCCACAGAAGAAAAACCACACUUUAAUUUUAAUUCCACAAGAGAAAAAUCAGUCCCACAUUUCAAUUCCACAGAAGAAAAACCACAUCUUAAUUUUAAUUCCACAGGAGGAAAACCACUUCUACAUUUCAAUUCCACAGGAGAAAAGCCACUAUCUAAUUUCAAUUCCACAGAAGAAAAACCACACCUUAAUUUCAAUUCCACAGGAGAAAAACCACUUCCACAUUUCAGUUCCACAGGAGAAAAGCCACUUCCACAUUUCAAUUCCACGAAAGAAAAACCACUCCCGCAUCACAACACCUCAGGAGAAAAAACACUCCCACAUUUCAAUUCAACAGGAGAAAAGCUACUCCCACAUUACAAUUCCGCCGUAGACGAAUCGCCCCUAUCGUACAGUUCCAUGGGCCUUCCCCAAAGUCCAACAGCAUAUGGACCAUCUCUACCUUAUACCCCCGACAACUAUCAUCACCAAGUAGGAUCUCAUUCCCAAAGAAGUGGAGUCACAGUUAUUAACAACAAUAUAAAUAAUCACUACGGUGGUGAUGACGGAGGGCAAAGAGCAUACACCACCCAUGACACCGACAAAACAGCCCUAGGAUUCUUCUUGGGCCACUCGCUGGCGAAAGUGACUAUCCCCAGUCUCCACUAUCACAAUAGUUACUACGAUGGGUAUGGCUACACCCCGAGGUACGAUCACUAUACCGUCCAUCAUUACUAUCACAACGGAGAUACGGUUCAAAAAGAAGCCACCAUCGAGCCCAAUGCGAUCGUCGCUUGUGCUGCAGACAGCGGCACUUUCUGUCCGGCGAAUACAACGUCCCUCUGCACCAAUAACGGAACUGUGAUGUGCGUUGCAAGUGUUACUGCCACAGUCCCUUGUACCAAUGAGAAACAAACAAACUGCGUAACGAGUAGCAUACCAUGCAAAGACAACAACAGUACUGAAUGCAAGCGGUCUUCUGGGAGUACAGCUUCUAUCACAAUACCUUGCAUUUCUACGGCCAAAGUUUAUGGAAGCAUUAGUUUUGUGAACAACAGCAUCGUUAUUUCUAAUGCGACUGCUAGUAAUAAAACUAUAUCAAAUACUACUACAAAUGUGACUUCUGUGGACUUAGUUUCAAAUAAUACUAACUCUAUAGCUACAAAUACUACAAAUUCUCCACUAUCGACGAAUACAACCGUUGUAGCAAAUAAAAACAACGCAGAGAAAGGCCCACCACAGAUGUUCUGUGUAACUAUUCUGGCUCUGCCAGCGGAAAGAAAAUUAACCGAGGGGGAAAAACUAUUUAGUCAAACCAAAGAAGUUUUCGCUUCAUUCGCUGUUAAUGCGUUGGGGAUAGAUUGAAACAAGUGUAUAUACUUUUUUUAUAUUGUUUUUAAGUUUUAAAAAUACAUUUUGCAGGUGA